CAAUCGCGCAGUCACGACGUACGAGUUGCUAUUUUCCUCUACCGUAUUGAUUACUUUGUAAAAGUAAAAAUCCUGUACCGUAUUGGUUAUGGAUGAUUCACAAGACCCCCCGCAAGAGGACUUGCCACGCGAAUAUUACCUGCGGCAAGAUGACGAGCAUCCUUCAGACAUGGAGGUGCAACAUGAGCAGUGGCAAGAGCAGUAUUGGCGAGCUAGGGAGAAGCAUCGGCUAGCUGAGGAGGGCCGUAGAGAAGAGGAGUGUAGGCGAUAUGCGCUUCGCCGACAAGAAGAACUAGUGCAAGAAUAUGCGGCGGCAUGCCGCAGACGGGAAGAAAAAGCUAAGGAACAACUCGAAGCAGCCCAGCGACAUGCCGCCGAAGCUCGAAGAGGAGCAGAAUGGGCUCAAGCAGGGGCGGUGAUAGCUGUUGCUGCUGCAGUCUCGAGAGCGUUCUUCAGAAGAUAAAUGAACUUUUGUCACUAUCCAAAUCGACAAGUGAUUUAUCCUCAGUGUUCUCUAUAGUUUUUUUCGUAUGGUGUAUAAAAGUCUCGUUGUACCUGAUGAUAGGAUACCGGCAGGUUUUGCCAGCAGCUUCUAACAUAUUAGUAUAUUUGCCUAUUACUGUGAGCUUUAAAGAUCACUAAAUGGA